UGGACUGAAUCUCUUAGCAGGCGGUGCGAUUCGUGUGUUUACAUUUUUCCUGCUUCUGACUGUUUUUCCACCUGCUGGUUGCUGGCAGCGAAGAGAACGGGAGACAGCAGCCCUGAGGUGACUGGGCAUCACGGGGAAACGUCAGAGACACCAACGUUCCUGUCACGGUGAACGGUGACGGUGCUAUUUCUCAGUUUGUUCAUCUACUCUAAGCAGCCCCGCUUGUCUCUGAAUAUCACCUGGUCACAGACAUGAGUGGGAGAGUGGGGGACCUUAGCCCAAAGCAGGCAGAAGCACUAGAACAGUUUCGAGAGAGGAUUCAAGACAUUCUUCCCCAACUUCCUGCUCAGCAUGACCACUUCCUGUUACGUUGGCUCAGAGCAAGAAACUUCAAUGUCCAGAAGUCUGAGGCCAUGGUGCGAAAGCAUGUGGAGUUCAGGAAACACAUGAAAGUAGACACUAUAACCACUGACUGGCGUCCACCAGAGGUGAUAGAGAAGUACCUGUCAGGAGGGAUGUGUGGUUACGACCGUGAAGGCAGUCCCAUCUGGUAUGAUGUCAUCGGCCCUGUGGAUCCCAAAGGCCUUUUUCUGUCUGCUUCAAAGCAAGACUUCAUCAAGUCCAAGAUCAGAGACUGUGAGAUGUUGCACAAGGAGUGUACCCUUCAGUCACAGAGGCUUGGGAGGAACGUGGAGUCAAUCACUAUGAUCUAUGACGUUGAAGGUCUGGGUCUGAAACACUUAUGGAAGCCUGCUAUAGAGACUUAUGGAGAGAUCCUCCAGAUGUUUGAAGAGAACUACCCAGAAGGCUUAAAAAGGCUCUUUGUGAUUAAAGCCCCUAAACUCUUCCCUGUGGCCUACAACCUUGUGAAACACUUCCUGAGUGAGAUCACAAGACAGAAGAUCAACAUCCUCGGGGCAAACUGGCAGGAGGUUUUACUAAAGUACAUUGAUGCAGAGGAGCUGCCAGUGAUCUACGGCGGCAAACUGACGGAUCCCGAUGGAGAUCCUCGCUGUCGGACGAGGAUAAACCAUGUGGGGCCAGUUCCUACCUCGUACUAUGUGCGGAGCCAUGUGAAGGUGGACUAUGACCAGUGUAUGACCGUUAGCCGAGGGUCCACCCAGCAGCUGGACUACGAGAUCUUGUUCCCAGGCUGCGUUCUCAGAUGGCAGUUUGCCACUGAGAGUGCAGAUAUUGGUUUUGGGGUGUUUAUGAAAGCCAAAAAGGGCGAGUGGAAGAAAGCUGCACAGAUGGAGGAAAUUGUGCUGAGCCAGCGCUACAACUCUCACUUAGUGCCUGAGGAUGGGUCCCUGACCUGUGAACGCCCAGGAGUCUUAUGUUUUGGUUUCUUUGUGUUUCCAGAUGUUCUGAGGUUUGACAACACUUACAGCAUCUUCCAGGCCAAAAGAGUCAGCUUCACAGUGGAGGUCCUUCUUCCUGACCACCUACAGACCCGACAGACCAAUGGACAGCCCAGCAACCAUGAGCAAACAGAGGCUGACAGCCAGUUGUAACCUAGAGGCUCUCCAAAGUUUUCAGAACAUUAUAGAUGUUUGUGAUAGCACAUUUGAAGUGUCUUGAUAUAAUCAGGAGCUGUAACAUGCUGCUUAUGAAACCAAAAUGAAAUUAAUGGUAUAGAAAUUUUAAGAGCUGAAUGUUUGACUCCUUUAUUGUAUUCAGUAAUGACCUUAUUCAUUUUCAGUUGCCUCCAAAGUUCACAUUAUGUCUAGAUGGUACCAAGAUGAAAAUGCUGGUUGUUGCCUUUCUUUUGUCAGUUUUUUGUGUCCUUUGUGAAUCAAAGAGUCAGAGAUUAACUUUUAUUUUAGCCCAAACAAUUUUUUUAUCUUUUUAUUUUUUUACCCAAAGUAUAUUUGAUGGCAAAACUUACUGAAUGGUGAUCGUCAAAAUAAUUUGCAUUAAGUUGGACAUACUAUGAAGCAGUUGCUGCUUAAGGAGACAGAAGUAUAUGGUAUUCUGGGCUGAAGGUCAUGGUUAACACUAUAUAAAAAAGGAGUUAAGUUUUACUCAGGAGUUCAAAACUGUUGAAGCUAUUUAUCUUUCUUAUCUUCUUCUCUUUAUAGACCUCAUUGCUCAUUAUUGUACGGUACACCAUAGCCAAAACUGCAAACCUUAAUAACAAUGUAAACCAUCUUGCCAACUCUUGCAAAUCUUACAUUAUUACCCCAUUUGUAUGACCUGGAGAUAAUCUGUUAAAUUUGAUUUUUCAACAUUAAAGGGCAACUCUACUGAGGUAAAAAUUUAAGGCCCCAUGAAGAUGAGUUGGGAGUAUGACAUCAUACUUGAACUAGUUUAGUUGUGUAUCAAGCUGCUUGUAGUAGAAGAGGGAGCUUUAUGAAUAAGUGACUCAAGUGAUGUCACCUGAGUCAGUGUGUAAAAAUGAUAUUUCGGCAUAUAAUCUCAAACUUGUAGUUUGUUUAAGCAUUAUUAUGGCAACACAACAUGUUUGGCAUCAGGCUGUGACUUAAUCACUCCUUGCAGAUUUUACAUACAGAAUUUGAGGAGUGAUAAGAUAAUAGCUUAAACCCCCAGCCAACAGGUGGAUGCUGGGGUGGAGGUGGAUUGAAAGGAGAGCACAGUGCCGAUCCAGGGCAGAGUAGGCAAUUGCAGAGCAGAGGUAGAGACCGGAAAUCUUGCAGCUUAAUUAAACCACUAAUUUAGGAGGAUGUGAGUCAUGUGAUUUGAUUAAGAUGCAUGUCAGGUGUGAAUCAUUGUGCUCUGGAUUAUCGACAGAAAUAUCCCACCAGCUUCGUCUCAUUUAGUUGAGGGGAAGUGAGACAACUUCUAUAAAGUGUUCCUUAUCUCUUUUGAAAGCUAUUGGCUACAUUAGCCGCUAUUAGCUUAACACAUUAAAAUCCAACACUAACAGUCUGGGAUCAUGUUGCAUUCAGGGUAAAACGGGCAAGGUUUUAGGACAACACUGCUGUAGUCACAUAAGUACGGUACUAAACCUGGAGUACUCUGCAGAGAUCUUUAGCUAUGUGAUUUUAUAUUUAUAAAAUGGUAAAAAGCACCAAAUAAAUCAGGUCAGCUUUUAUGGUUAAUCGGGUAUAUGUGAGAACUUCUUUCCUGUUAAAUUAGCAUGAGUUAAUACUAAUAAUAAUUAUAAUUUUCCAAAUAUUCUUUAGAAGUCUUCUUUCCUUUUUGUCACUAAUUAGUAACCAGUACAAUCACAGUAGUUCAUGAAUUAAGUCAGAUACAUGUACAUGUUUGUAAGUUUUUUUAAACAGUUUUGAGACUUUAAGAUAUGGUGCAAAUGUAAUUUUGUCAUGAGCUUUGAUAUUCAGUUUUACUCAUUUGUGAACUCUGUUUAUAUUGGUCUCUCACUAGUUGAGUCUCAGAUGUUUGUCUUUUUUCUUUCUCGUUAUAUCACAGAAGACAUUCCUUAAAAUAUUUAUUUCAGCAUUUCUAAUUUAUUUUAAAAAGUACGGGUUGAAACAAGAGAAUAGCUAAAAGAGUAAAAUGUAAGAGCAUAUAUAUAUCUAUAUAUACUUUGUUCUGAUAUAUUUAAGAUGUGUUCAAGUGAGUUCAAACAGUAUUUAGUAUUACAAUAUAUUCAUAUUUACUUAGUAGUGAAUGAAAAUGAAUCUAUUGGCAAACAUGUACUGAUUGUAGAAGCUGAUUUCUUUCAUAUUCUGAAUGUAAGAAGCACUGAGAGUCUUUUUAGAGACUUUAAUCCUUUUUUGGGACAAAAGAAAGUUAAAAAUUUUCAAAUGUGGCAUAAGGAAAAAUGUGAAUAGUGAGAGAAGUGAA